CAUCAGCCAGUCCAUAUGACGCCGUCCGUUUGAAACCAAUCCAAAUCUUCAGCACCACUCCUCCCUCACACCAUCAUUUUCACUGCAAAUGGCGUCCCCUGCCCCAGAAGUAACCGAGCCGAGAGUAGUCUUCCGACCUGGGAAGAAAAGGAAGAUUUACCGACAGCGAUCAGAAGAUGCCGACGGCGAAACAGCAGAAGUCGCAAACGAGACGUCAGCAGGAGCAUCCGGUUUGCGCGCCGGCAGCAGCAGCACUCUCGAAACCCGGGAUCCUCGUCACCCCGGCUCUGAAGAAGAGGAAUUAUCGGUUGCAGAAGUGCUGCGGCGGCGGAAUGCUCAAAAGGCGCGACUAGGCGGCGUCGCCUUCCGGGCAACACCGACGCCACGGAAUGAUGACGCCGGCGCCACAGAGGACGGCAAUCCCGGCCAGAGCCUCACUCUCCCUGAGGGCGGUGGCAAUGCCGUGGACAGCAUUGCGGAGGGCGGCAUCGUGAAGCGAUUCGCAACGCAGACUGGGCUGGUCGGCGAACUGGUGAACAGACACAUGGAGGAAUACAUAGAAUCAGAACUAGCUAGGAGGCAACGGCACGCCAAUGAAUACGCGGCGGCGCAGGCGCAGGCCCAAGCGAACUCCCACCAGCACUCCGAGGAGACGGUGCACGACAAACCGGUCGUGAUGCAGCCCGCCAUGCGCGGCAAGCUGCUCGAGAUCGACCUCGGCGAGGAGGCGCGGGCGCGCAACAUCGCUAUGACGGAGCGGGCCCGGCGCCGGCUGGAAGGGCAGAGCAUCGACGAAGAAGAAGAGGGGGCCGGGCAGCGGCCCAGGAAGGUCCGCCUAGGCAAGGACGGCAAGCCGUUGCGGCAGAGGGGUAGAAGAGGGAGCGACGAUAUUAAGAGGGAUCAGCUCGUGGAGGAGUUCCUGCGAGAGAAUAGACUCGAUGUCUACGAUAUUCCCGCUCAGAACGACGCAAGCUCUGCGGCAUUGGGUGGCGAUGAAGCAGCGGAUGACAGGAUAGCAGAGGAGUUCCGGCGCGACUUCAUGGAUGCGCUGAGUGCGCGACGGCAGAGGAGGAGGCCGGCCACCAACGCCCCACCCAAGCCACCCAAGGGAACUGUGAAGAAGGAAGAGAUACUCAGGGGGCCGAAGCUUGGAGGGAGUCGGAACGUGAGAUCGCAGAUGAGAGAUCUCCUGCUGAAGGAGCAAAUGGAGAAGCGCUGAAGGGCUGUUAAUGUUUUCGUCAGGGUUACCUACUACUUGACUGUAGGCUGUUAUAAAUCAACCUUUGUAAGCAUUGGAUAUUGCGUCGAUUGCUUCCUUGAUGCUUCCCUGGAUUCAAUACCGAGUUCAUACACCAUAAUUCUUGAGCAAAUUCUCCUCCUCGACGUCUUAUUGUGUACUAUGUAUUUAAGCACUCCGUACGCAGUAAAAGAAGUUUCCAGAUGGAGAGAGGAGCGCGAGCAACGCUAAUGCAGCCUUCGAUCAGCCG